AAGACCGCAUGCUAUGGUUGUUUGGAGAUUCUUCGAAUUCACGAUCUUAAAGUCAUAUGAUUCACAGUAAAUAUAGCAACAAAUAUCUCAAUUGGUAUUUUCCAAAGCCACGAAACGUGCAUUGAGUUUGGAGCGAUAUCUGAAGUGAAGAUUGAAGACGUGAUAGAAGAUGGACGACUACUGCUAUGCUAAGAUGGCGACGUCCGCUAAAAGAGAACAUGAAAGAGAAUCAGCGCCACCAACUUCCAGCAAAUCACCAACGGAGAUAAAGACGAAAGAUGAAGACGUCCAGCAGCUGAUCGGUAAUCCAGAAGAAGUUUCCCCUCAGUUAGGGGGGAGCUCCACUUUGAAGCAGGAGACUCCACAACCACCCUGCAUUAAAAAGGAAGAGGAGGAACUCUGCAUCACUCAGGAGGGAGAGUGUCUUCUAGGACGAGAGGAAGCUGAUUACACCAAGUUUCCACUGAGUAUUCUCUCUGUGAAGACUGAAGAUGAUGAAGAGAAACCACAAGAAGACAACCUCUUAGCUCCACUAUCAGAUAGUGAGGCUGAAGACGAGGUUGAAGAACCUUUGAGCAGCGAUAAAGACUGUGAAGGUGAUAUGAGGACUCACACUGACAACAAACACUCUGAAUGCUCUACAAAGAAGAGAGGUAAAACAUGUUUGAGCUGCUCAGUUUGUGCUAAAAGUUUUACUAAAAAGAGCCGUUUGACUCUACACAUGAGAACACACACAGGUGAAAAACCAUUUAAUUGUUUAGUUUGUGGCAAAAGCUUUUCUCAAAAUAGCUAUUUGACUCAACACAAUAGAAUACACACAGGAGAAAAAACCUUUCACUGUUCAAUUUGUAGUAAAAACUAUUAUUUUAAGAGCCGUUUGACUCGACACAUGAGAACACACACAGGUGAAAAACCAUUCAGUUGUUCAAUUUGUGGCAAAAGCUUUUCUCGAAAAUGUGGUUUGACUCAACACAUGAGAACACACACAGGUGAAAAACCAUUCAUUUGUUCCGUUUGUGGCAAAAGCUUUUCUCAAAAUUGUGGUUUGACUGAACACAUGAGAAUACACACAGGUGAAAAACCAUGUAAGUGUUCAGUUUGUGGCACAACAUUUUCUGUUAAGAAGAGGUUGACUGAACACAUGAGAACGCACACUGGUGAAAAACCAUUUAUGUGUUCAGUAUGUGGCACAACAUUUUCUGUUAAGAAGAGGUUGACUGAACACAUGAGAACACACACAGGUGAAAAACCAUUUAAUUGUUCCAUUUGUGGCAAAGGCUUUUCUGUUAAGAGGAAUUUGACUCAACACAUGAGAACACACUCUGGACUAAGACCAUUUAAUUGUUUAGUUUGUGGGAAAAGCUUUCCUAAUAACAGCUCUUUGUGUCUACACAUGAGAACACACAGAGGUGAAAAACCAUUUACUUGUUCAGUGUGCUGUAAAAGGUUCACACGUAAUACAGACGCAGUAAAACACAUAAAAACACACAGGGGAAAAUAAAAAAUGUAAUUGUUCAGUUUGUGGCAACAGCUUUUCGAAAAAUGGCUCUUUGACUCAACACAUGAGAACACACACAGGAGAAAUACCAUUUAACUGUUAAAUUUGUGGCAAAGGCUUUUCUGUUAAGAGGAAUUUGACUCAACACAUGAGAACACACACUGGACUAAGACCAUUUAAUUGUUCAGUUUGUGGCAAAAGCUUUCCUCAUAACGGCUCUUUGUGGCGGCACAUGAGAACACACGCUGGAGAAAAACCAUUUAUUUGUUCAGUGUGCUGUAAAAGGUUCACACAUAAUGCAGACGCAGUAAAACACAUAAGUACACACAAGGGAAAAUAACCACUUAGCUGUUUAGUUUGUGGUAUGUUGCUCAUAUGUGGUGACAUCCACCCUACCCAGGACCUCCUCACUGCUUCUUUCACAAAUAUCUGAGGUAUUCAUACAAACUUGGAUUAUUUGGAGCAUAAUCUUAUCCACUCAUGACCCCAUGUCUUCUCUGUAUCUGAAACCUUCCUGAACAGUAAGAUAGAUGAUGCUUCAAGUGCUUGGUUACUCCUUCUUCAGUCCAGGGACCUGGGGCCUCAUGUGUCAAGUUUGCCCACGCUCAAAAACCUGCACUACACCCUUUUUCACUGCAAAGUUGAGAUGUAUCAAAACUGACGUUGACACAUAAGUGAUGCUGGGUAACUGUUUGCAUAACAAACUGCCAAUUUUUAAUCUUUGACUUUGUCAUAGUUGUAUUUUUAAGUUAUCAUGCCAUGAUUUUACCCAUCUGGUACGUGUGGAAACAGAUUUUCCUCCGUGCGGCCCCUGAGCUAAAAUGAGUUUGACACCCCUGCUGUAAUCUGACUCAUGUGAGCAGAUUACUGUAUAAACACAUUUUGUUAUAAGUUAUAAAAACGUGUUCAGUUCUCAGAGACACAUCAAUGUCAGUGUAGCUGCUGACAGAGGCAACAUGUAUAUUUGAUAUAUAAUGUCAUAGUUGGUGAGAAUAAAUAAAUACAUUGCAUAAAGAUAAGUUCAUA